GAGAAAUCACGCACCGAUGACUUAUUAUAUCAGUUGUUGCCACCGUCUGUUGCUGAACAACUUAAAUUAGGGCGUGCUGUUCACGCUGAAUCCUUCGACGAUGCUACUAUUUAUUUUAGUGAUGUCGUUGGCUUCACUAAUAUUUGCCAUAGUAGCACUGCUAUCCAAGUAGUUUAUAUGCUGAAUGCGUUAUAUACUCUGUUCGAUCGAAAAAUUGAUAAUCACGAUGUCUAUAAAAUUGAAACUAUUGGUGAUGCUUAUAUGGUUGUUUCGGGUGUUCCAAAGCGGACGGGAGGACGCUUUCAUGCCAAAGAAAUUGCUAAUAUGGCAUUGGAUAUCAGGGCUGAAAUUGAAAAUAUUAAAGUACCGCAUAUGGAAGGUAGACAAAUUAAAUUAAGGAUCGGCAUCCAUACAGGUCCAUGUGCAGCUGGCGUGGUUGGUAUCAAAAUGCCUCGUUAUUGUUUAUUUGGCGAUACAGUAACAUUAGCUUCCAAGAUGGAAUCUAAUAGUCAACCAUCAAAAAUCCAUAUUAGCCAAAAUACUUAUGAAGCACUACUGGAGAUAGGUGGAUUUUUAACUGAAUACCGUUGUGAGAUUCAUGUUCAGGGGAUUGGAAUGAUAAAGACCCAUUGGUUGCUU